AUGAACUCUUCGGUAAUGGAAUUACCAGAAAAAAUUUCUCCUCGUCACCAGUCCAUUCCAUUAUUCACCACAACUUCCUUCAAUGGAACCAUAGACGUCGAAACAAUCAAUAGUCGGGAAUUUAAUCCAAAUCCAAAACGCUUCACAAUGCCAGCUCCAGGUUCGCUUGGAAGGCGUGGUUACCAAAAGCCUACGAAACCUAGGGAAUUUGCUAAAAGUGCAAAGAAAAGACAGAGCGUACUUGCUUUAGGUUCCAUAACUCACUUACAACACUUUUACGCUAAACGUGGUAUAAUCAUAAAACCAAAGAAACCAAAGCACGUAGAGGAAGCAGAAAAGAAAAAAAUGGCCCUUACUUACAUCACUUCUAAAUUAGAUGUGGAAACAGAUCCAGAAGUGUUACUUGCUAUAUGUCAUGGUGACAUUCAAGCCAUGUUAGAUGCAUGGUGUAUGGUGACUGGGGAAGUGAAAGCCGAAGAAAAUCCAGUGCCUGUUGAUAUAUUAGCGGCCAUAGAGACCACCACAAAAGCUGUUCAAUCGGUAAAAAAUUAUUCCUUGUUUAAAGAAGAUUUAUCAGCAGAAUCAAUGUCAAAAAUUCGUGCUACUGCCUUGGAAGUAUUGGAGAUGAUUAGCGAUUUAGAGCAAUCACACAGAGAUGAUGAUGAUAGUAGCAGUGAAGAUGGUCAUAUAUACAAAGAAUCAAAUUUUCAUUGUUUAGAUAGUCAACGUGAUAUAUUGAGAAGAUAUUUGGUGGUAGUUGAGGAAUGUCUAUUAUUUGAUGAUUGUGAUGUGUAUCCUCCAAAUACAUCUUAUUUCAAAAAUUCAUCGGUAAGCUCAGAUGAUGAAUCGAAACAAGGAACUACCCCUUUUACUCCUCCAUUAUCACCCGGUCAUCCAAAUAACGAUUGGGUGAAUCCUGAUGUAUUUGGUGAUAAUGUUUUUGCGAGAUAUCAUGCUUUCUUGGAAGUUCAUCGUCCUUCAAAAUCCAAACGAUUUCCUGAUUACACACCCCUUCCCAAUCCUAGUCUCGAUAAAACCGAAUUCUUGGCUUCGUUGGCUGACGGUAAAUUAUUAUGUUUUAUUUAUAAUACGAUAGUAAGACGAUCGAAACGACCAUUUGGAUUCAUCGAUAAAAUUCAUGAGGAUACAUCAAGAACUUAUCGUGCUACGGAAAAUUUAAAAUUUUUUGCUGCUGCCGCCAAGUUUAGAUUUGAGCUUAAAUUUGAUGAAUUUAAUGUAACUGAGAUUGUCAAAUUAACGAAUGUUGGAAAAGCUCAACUUGAACGAAUUCUUGAAGUAUUUUGCGAAAAAUCCAUGCAAGAGCUCAUAUCAACAGGAUCUUAUAAACAAUAUCCAGGAUCAAGAAUAUCCAGCAUGUAUAUGCAAGAAUCUCUUUCAAAUUCACAAAUGCAAUUACUUCAGCAAGCAACGACAAAUUCAGCUAAUGAUUUGGCUGCAGCUGUAUCUGCUAAGUUGUCGAUUCGUUCAUAUCGUUACGCGUCAUCAACAAGUUCAUCAUCCUCAACAUUAUCAAGGAAGACUAGUGAUGAUGAAAUUAAGAAUUGA